UGCCUUAAGAGACGCCUGAACUGGAUGCAUGUCGUGUGGGCGCGAACGGACUACGACGAGGUCAAAGUCUCGUCGAUGAUAUGAACAUACUCGGAUGACCGCGUCAGCAUUUUCCUCAACGUUCGCAAGAACAUCUACGCUGCUCAUUUUUGCCGUCUGGGGAGUUUGUCAAAGGACCAACAUGCUGAUCGCAUAUGCCUGCGGCCGGUUGCGCCGUUGCGGCCAGGCUCUCCUUCUCGCGCCUGGCCUUUUGCGGUUUAAGGCGCUGUGCACGGGCACUAACCUAGCUAGGUACUGCGGGCCUAUAACACUGCCAGGCAUUCGUCGCUACAUCCAUACACGCUAUGCGCGUAUGUCAUGUACACGUAUGUACAUUUCUAAGGUACCUCCUAUUUGAGGAGGUUAGGUACCUAAUCUAGCCUAGCCUCUUUUUAGAUUCCCACCUGUAAAUGACGUUAGUUGAGCCACA